AAUCGGUGGAGGACUAAUUUGAGCUUGAGAGGAGAGUACGCGGAGAAGGAGAAUGGCGAAUCAAAGCACAGAGACGAAUCAACCGUCGAAUAUGCAGACUUACGGUGUACCGCUUUACGCCGUCGAUUGGAUUCCGGAGGUUGCUGUUAGAUCUAAAAUCAUUAUGGAUCCGGAGAAUUCCGAAGAAAAUGAUGUUGAUGAGUCUGAGUCGUCGUCGUCUUCGUCGUCUCGGAGCUGCAUCGUUUUGUCCGGCGGAGGCGGAGAGGGACGAAGCGGAAUCCCCAAUGUCAUCUUAAUCUGUCGUGUUGAUCUCGACACCAACUCUCUCUCGGAACAACCUCUGGGUAAGCUUGUCCUUGGCACUGAUCUACCUUACCGGAUGACUGUUCAUCCUCGCGAAGGUGGUCUUAUCUGCUCAUCGCCAGACAGUUGCAGACUGUUUGGUUGGGAUAACAUUAUGAGCCCACGAGAGGAUUAUCAGGCUGGUGAAGAGCCUGAGGAAGUUAUUAAAGAGUUAAAAGAUGUUGGACAACAGUUGGCUCUGGCGUUUAAUCCGGAGGGAUCUGUGCUCGCUGCUGGUGCGGAGGAUGGGACUUUGAGGGUUUUUGAAUGGCCCAGCAUGAAAUCGUUGAUUAAUGAGUCUCAGGCACAUUCAUCAGUCAAAAGCUUAACUUUCAGCGAAAAUGGUAAAUUUCUUGUAUCUCUUGGAGGUCCACUUUGUCGGGUUUGGGAGGUGAAUGCUUCUACGGCUGUUGCCAGUCUAUCAAAAGAGAAGGAUGAGAUUUUGGCGUCCUGUAGAUUUUCUGUAGACAGUGCAGGCAAUGAAAUUCUUUACGUUGCUGCAAACACUGAACGUGGUGUGAGUAUUAUAACAUGGGAUACAAAAUCAUGGAAACGAAAAGAGUCAAAGCCUAUUAAAAAAAACACUAUGUCAGCCUUUAAUGUCUCACCUGAUGGGAAGCUGCUUGCAAUAGGAACCCUUGAAGGAGAUGUUUUGAUACUUGACUCGACGAGAAAGCAAACUAACCAAAUUGUCAAGAAAGCGCAUCUCGGUUUGGUCACAGCACUGACUUUCUCCCCUGAUUCAAGGUGCUUAGUGUCGGUAUCUUUUGACUCGAGGGCAAGGCUAACCGUUAUUAACAAACAGGGUGAAAAACGUACGUAUUAUGCCGGAACAAGGUGGUGGAUACUGGCAAUAUUGUUUGUGUUUCUAUACGUGGUUGCAUAUUAUUUUUUGAAGGCAAAGGGGAUUAUACCUUAAAAAGGUAUUUUGAGCGACCCCACAAGACGUACAGCGGGGGGGCUUUGUAACCGACAUAUCUUACGCCUCUUUGAGUUAGGCUUUUCGCGUUUGUGUGUGACAAAGUCUCGAGGGAUUCUUCAAUUUUUACCCGCAUGCUUUUUAUAUCAUAAAAAAUGUAAACUAACACUGAUACAGUAAACAUAGUGAAAGUACAAUUUUAUGGAUUAAUAAGACCCUUUUGCGUCCUCA